CCCCUGACGUCACUCUGCUCUCCUCUCGACCAAUCAGAUCGCUCCAUAUGACUGUACUUCACCCGGCCGGCCGCCUCUGAGCUCUCAGGUAGACGGCACGUACCACGGAAAGUCUUCUCUCCAGACCUGCAGUCACCUUGCGUUGUCCAUCAUGGAGGUGAACGGCACGGCAGAUAUCUUGAGCUCUGCCUACCUGGCGGCGGAGUAUGUAGACGCGGUGUUGCCAGAAAACCCCUUCCAGCCCUCACUGAAACACGCCUGGGGCUACAUGCUGGACAACUACACCAAGUUCCAGAUUGCCACCUGGGGGUCGCUCAUCGUCCACGAGUUCAUCUACUUCCUGUUCUGCCUGCCUAGCUUCCUCUUCCAGUUCAUGCCCUUCAUGCAGAAAUACAAGAUCCAACAGGACAAGCCAGAGACGUGGGAGAAACAGUGGAGAUGUUUCAAGAUGCUGCUCUUCAACCAUUUCUGUAUCCAGCUGCCGUUGAUCUGUGGGACUUACUACUUCACUGAAUUCUUCAACAUCCCGUAUGACUGGGACUCAAUGCCGCGCUGGCCGUACGUCUUGACUCAGUGCUUCGGCUGUGCUGUUGUUGAAGACACGUGGCACUACUUCCUCCAUCGCCUGCUGCAUCACCGCAGAAUCUACAAAUACAUCCACAAAGUCCACCACGAGUUCACCGCUCCGUUCGGCAUGCAGGCAGAAUACGCUCAUCCUGCUGAGACUCUCAUCUUGGGAGCUGGUUUCUUCAUUGGCAUCAUGAUCUUCUGUAACCACGUCUUCUUCCUGUGGGCCUGGGUGUCCUUCCGCCUGCUGGAGACCAUCGACGUCCACAGUGGUUACGACAUCCCUCUGAACCCGCUCCACCUGAUCCCGUUCUACGCCGGCACCCGUUUCCACGACUUUCACCACAUGAACUUCACGGGUAACUACUCGUCCACCUUCACCUGGUGGGACAAGCUGCUGAAGACGGACAACCAGUACAACAAGUACAUGCAGAAACAGGGAGACAAGAAGGAGCAGUAAACCACUCUCAGUUUAUACCAUUACGGUUCAUACACUCACCUGGUUUGUCCGGAGGAGGGAGGAGACAGUGGGUUGGACAUACACACAAACAGUGCUGCUUUUCCCCUCUCUCUCUCUCACACACACAAACACACACACACACACACUUGUACUGAUUCUGAAUCGGACUGCAUGUUGACUUCAGUCCGUCUUCUGUGCCUUUUUGCAAAAGAAGUAUUUUUGUCUGCUCCUUCUGUCAACAGCUGCUGGCUGAAUAAAAACUGUUAACAUCCUCAUUUUGAUCGUUGCCUUGCUUGGUCAUUGAAUGAUAAUGACCUUCUUGUGAAAUGCUUUCGUUUACCUUUGAAUGUCUGAGCACUUUAGCGCUUCCUCUUUAGUUAAACUGAGUCAGAGUGACGCUGCAUCUCAGCGGGAACUCUCUAAACUCAAGUCAGGCAUGUUUGACGCAAAUCCAUGUAUAUUUUUUGAUGAAAAGGGAUUGGCUCAUAAUGGCACUUCCAGGUUGUUCAAGCCUAUUUUGUUUAAGACUGUACAAAUAAAUAAAUAAAUGUUGUUUUGGUUUUACAACAAGAAA